AUGCUCUUCGCUCUCUCCCCGACAGACUUGGAAAUUUGCAAUACCUCAAAUUUUUGGAUCUCAGUAGGAAUCAACUUUGUUCAAUACCUUCCGGAUUGUGUUCUUCUUAUAACGAAUAAUAAAUUGUCGAGCCUUCCGGGAGAUAUUGGAAGCAUGAAAAAUUUGAUGGAAUUAAAUGCGAGUUGCAACGAGAUCUCUUACCUUCCGAAAUCUUUAGGACAGUUAAAAUGUUUAAAAGCUCUCGAUCUUAGAAAGAAUCUGUUGGAAGAGUUACCCAUAGAAUUAACGUACCUGAAACUAACAUUAUUAGACAUGAGUGAAAAUAGAAUUUCGUCACUUCCGGUCGAGCUGAGGUUGAUGACGUAUUUGGAACAGUUGAAAUUAAACGAUAAUCCUCUCAUAUCACCUCCGGCAACGAUAUGCAUGCGCGGUCGCGUUCAUAUAUUCAAGUUCCUCGAAACUCAAGUGAAUAAGACUGACAAGAAACGCGGAGGAGGUUUCGAUGAUUCAACGGGUAAAAGGAAUCAUCAGAGAAAAUCGGAUUUAAGGUAUCCGAACGGUGUGGCGUCGGAAAUGAGAGUCAAAAGGCACACGGUCGACAGCGGUUACAGCACGUCUGACGGAAUCGAUCCGAAAUGGGCUCAAGAUUUUAGAUGUGGGGACGGUGUAAAUAAAACAAAGUUGAAAACAGAAAGCAUUCCAGUGAGCAACAACAACAACAGCAACGGGGAUCGGUUGGAAAACAUAAACGGAAGUCACAGCGGGUGUUCAACUCCAUCGACCAUCAGUCCCGGAGAAUCUUUUAGCAACGACGACGAAUUAAUCAAUCGAACGGUUCUUUUCCAAGAUCAAUUAGAAGCUAAAAGAUUGAUUCGACUCCAGUCCAACGAUAGAGGAUUGAUUGUAAAUAAAUCCAAAGAAAAAUCGACAACCAAAGGAAGCACAAACGGGGAAACGUUAUCACCUGUUUACAAUAAUUCAUCUCCCAUUGUAGGAAACAAUUUUAAUUUCGACGACAAGAAAAAACUCGAACACGUUCAAACUUACAGAGAGUACAAAGAGGCUCGAAGGUUGCAGAGAGCUCAAACUCAAGACGUAUACAAAAUUAAAUAUUCAAACGAAGGACAACAAUGGGCGAAUCAAAGUCCCACGAGUGAAAAUUCAAACGACGAUUUGUCAACAUUGAAUAAUCAAUUCAAUCAUUCGAAGAAUAAUAAUAAUAAUAAUAGCAGUAGUAAUGGGAAUGGCAACAACAAACCGAUACAAAAAGUCAUACCGAGUAGAAAUUCAAAUUACGGCGGUAAUUCAUUGGCGAACGGCGAAACGAGUUCCAUACCGAGUUACGUCAAACCGAGUUCACCGGUCAAGGGAUCGACGACUACCCUACUGACGGAAACUCUGUCGAAACCUUCUUUGUCUCCCCUUUCCGGAGGAAGGCAAACAUCGAACAUGAUGGCGAGUCCGAUUAAUUCCAGCAUGUCGAGAUUUAGAACGAAUUCGAAUUCGCCGAAACCGAUGAAAUGGAACACGGAUAUUCCGGCGGAUAAAUUAAGUUUCACGAUGAGGAGAGAAUUUGAAAAAGCCAAAGAAGAAGCGGAGCUCAUAGAACAAUUGAGAAAUCACAUUGAAGGUAGGUUGAAAAUGUCAUUGCCGGAGGAAAUGGGUCCUGCUCUAAUGGACGGAGUCGUGCUAUGUCAUUUGGCUAAUCACGUCAGACCGCGAUCCGUUGCCAGCAUUCACGUGCCUUCUCCUGCUGUGCCUAAAUUGACGAUGGCACGAUGUCGCAGAAACGUUGAUAAUUUUUUGGACGCUUGCAGGAAAAUAGGAGUCGAAGAAAACAUGAUUUGUUUUGCAUCGGACGUACUGGAGGGAAGAGGAUUGGUACGAGUAUCAAUAACGGUUGCCGAAUUACUUAAAUUUCACACUCCGAAAUCUCCAGCUCACAACACGGUUCCAUGA